GGAUCAUGGAGCACACUACACAACGCAAGUCGACAUGCGGCAUGAGAUAAUUCGUAAACCAUUACAGUAUUCCGCAAUAUCGCAAUUGCUAUCAUUGCACGGUUCGCUAGGAUGUCCAGCUCAAAUUCGCCCCAAUUUUGGAGGCCUACGUUGUCUCAAUGUCCCGGUAAGACCGAAAUUGAUCACUGAUGUGAUGACGUCCGUGGCAAUUCAGAAACCGAGGCAUGGAUCCCGUCGUCCAAAAGUCUACGGUCCGUGUCAAUGGUCAAUCAUCAAUGGGCAAUAAGGUGAAUGCAGCUCAGUUCAACAGGAAGCAUUGACAUCAGACAAAACGAGGAGCGGGAUGUGUCGCCGAUUCCUGACCAUUCAGAAUAUGACAAUUGACAACCAACUCAAUUGUCCUCGAGAUGAGAAAGCCGUGGGAUGCAAGGGGAAAUGGGAGGUAGCAGACUGGCAGGACAGAGGGUCAAAUCGGA